CAAACAGGAAGCUAACCGGACCGAAACUCGUCUCACCAACAUGAAAUCAGGACAGACUGGAAACAUUCUUUAACAGAAAGCGGACUGCUGCUCCAGUUGUAUCAACAGAGAGACAUUGACCGUCUAUUAGUCGUGAUCUCCGUCUUUAACCGCUUUUUGAACCACCUGUUAUAUAUUUUUUUAAGUUUAGCUCACAGGGUUAGCUGUCUUGCUAACGUUCAACCUUACUCAGUUGUUAUUGUCAAGAUAGAGGAAUUCGAGUCUGUUUUUGUUUUUGUUAGUUUUUAAAAGAUUUUACCAUGGGGUCUAGAGCGUCCACGUUAUUGAGAGAAGAAGAAAUUGAAGAGAUCAAAAAGGAAACUGGCUUCUCGCAUAGCCAAAUCACCCGUCUGUACAGCCGUUUCACCAGCCUGGAUAAAGGUGAAAACGGGACUCUCAGUCGAGAAGAUUUCCAGAGGAUCCCUGAGUUGGCCAUAAAUCCUCUUGGAGACCGAAUCAUCAAUGCUUUUUUCCCUGAAGGAGAGGAUCAGGUCAACUUUAAGGGCUUCAUGCGCACCUUGGCUCACUUCAGACCUAUUGAGGACAACGAGAAGAACAAGAACCUGCCGGCCUCCGAGCCUCUCAACAGCAGGACAAACAAGCUGCUCUUUGCUUUCCGUCUUUAUGACCUGGACAGAGAUAACAAAAUCUCCCGGGAUGAGCUGCUGCAGGUCCUUCGGAUGAUGGUCGGUGUAAACAUUUCAGAUGAGCAGCUUGGCAGCAUUGCUGAUAGAACCAUCCAGGAGGCAGACACCAAUGGGGAUAGCUGUAUUUCCUUUCAGGAAUUCAUGAAGGUCUUGGAAAAGGUGGACGUGGAACAGAAAAUGAGCAUCCGGUUUCUGCAUUAAGUCCCUCCUCUUUCCCACCUCACACACAGAGUAGAGCUUGGACUAGUUUGUUGGUGUCACGUCACAACCUCCUCUAGCUUUUCAACAUUAAAGUACACACCGUUAGAACAAGCAGUUGGUAGCCGUCUUUGAUCCCCAGUUUUCUGCCUUUGCACUGCGCCGUAAACAAAGGGAAAAGUUGUGUGCCUUGGGUUGUUUUAUGCAAUGUGACAAAGUACGCCUUCCUAGUUAUGCAGCAUUAUUUAUUAGAGAAGUAUGAGAGGGUCGUAGUAACAUUUAGUACUACAGAGCUGUUUGCUAUUGCUCUAAGUCUAAUCAAAAUGUGUUCAUACUAAUACAAAUGUAUUUCAAUCUUGCUUCUUUGUAGACAUAAUAUGCUCAAAGUGAUAAAUGUUCAAUUCCUGUUCAUGAGCCUCAGUGUUUUCAGUGCUAACAGGAUCGAAUGACUCCGUUCCACCCUGUGAAUAAGCAGCCAGCUGUAAUUUAGCAUGCAGUCCCUUCAGCUCCACAGAUUGUUGAUUUUCUCACUAAAGUGCCAUGAUGACUAAACAGUAAUCAGGAAUCUGUAACCUUGGUUGGUGUUGCUUUCCUAUGGACAGUGCUAGUAGUUUUUAACACUUAAGUGUUGGGAUGCUAUUUGAAAUUAUAGCCACAGGAGAUAUUUAAAAUAAAGCUUCCAGUAUUCAGCUGGCUAUCUGACCUGCUUCCUUAAAGCUUUUCCUCUCUAUUAGGACCUAAUUAAAGGCUAGGAACGAAUGUAGUAAUUAUGCUGGAGCGAAAUCUCUAAUUCCUGCAUUCAGAUAGCAUUCCAUUGUUCUGUUACUUUCCUAUGUUUUGUUGUGGCGAAGAGAGUAAAGCAAACGACUGUCUUCUAAUUUAUUUGCUGUUUUAGCUCCAGAUGCCAAAGGAGAAUCCAUUAGUCUAAGAGUACCUGAACCAGAGUUUAGGCAUCCAAGCUUUUUAAGCUUAGUGAGCGUUUAAACAUAGUGCAGGAGGUACGGCUCAACUAUUUGUCAAUCAUUACGGGAUCAAUGAGUCACAUAUUGUGUGAUGUCUGUGUAGUUAUGUAAGUGAUUCUUGAUUUUGAUCUGAAUAAAAGAACUGCCAUGGUUUCUGAGUGUU